UUUGGGUUCAAGCCCAGGUCAGAAUUUGUGACUAACAACCUUACGCUGGUUACGAAACGGACCGUAUCCCCACAUGCAGUACGCACAGUGAAGUCAUAUAAAGGCCGAAAGUAGGCACGGUCAGUAUUGUUGCUGUAUUAAUUGCUCCUCAAUACAAUAGAUUGUGGUGUCACGUGAUCAAGUUAAGUCGUAUAUAACAGAACAGAGGAGAUAGCUAGCAUUAAUACAGUAUUACACAAUGGCAAGCGAAGUCACAACAACUGCAGCGCCGGUCAUUCAAAGCGAUUCCGUUGACGACGCCGUGGACUUAGUCGUCCCGAAAAAACGUAUACGCCAUUCAAGCGACAUGCUGCCUGCCGAAGACCACUCCGAAGGCUCCGCUACGGAUACUUCCGAGCCGAACUCGCCGCUUCCAACGAACGCAGUUGUGGAUAAGUCACGUCAUCACCGUGUGCAUUCGGACUCGGAAUCCGAUGGGGAAUCAUCAAGCGGGUCGACAAGUGCGGGGAAACCACAUGGAGUUCGACUUGUGCCGCAACUAUCACAGUCGGCGUUGGAGCAACAGUUUAUAUUCCCGUCAACAUCGUCGGCAGUUACGAUGCCACUUCGGAUGAAUACGAAUAGGAUGAUGCGCCCGUUCAAGGCCUACACCGCAAGUCGGGAUCUCCUGUCCUACGCUGGGCUCGGGGCUGCGGGUCUCCAUCAACACUCCGCUGCUUUCUCUCUCGGGAUGCCCACGUUGUUUCCAUUCGGUCAUGGUAUGCACCCAUCAUUGGCACCCCACUUGAUGAAUUUAGCGAAUGAAGCCGCCAAAACUAUUAAUCCUAAUCAACAUUACCAAUUGCAGAUGCCACGAAAAAGGCCAGUUCCGUCAUCAACGGUAACCACAGCAUCGGCAUCGGCAUCGUCCGCGGCGUCGGCGUCGGCAUCGUCAACUUCAUCAUCGCCUCGCAGUCAGAUCAGUCCAGACGGCAGCGCGUCAUCGCCACCGGGACGAAAACACAUCCAAAGUGAUAAAAGGGACAGUACAAAAAAUGCCGCUAUCUCGUCAUUAAAUUCUUCGUUGUCUCAAAAGCCGUCGUCAUCAUCACCUUCUUCGUCAUCUUCGUCGUCGUCGUCUACUUCCGCUUUACUCCCGCCAAAGAAGAGACGUUCUUUACCGGAUGAGCUGAAAGAUGAGUCCUACUGGGAAAGAAGGAGGAAGAAUAACGAAGCAGCGAAACGAUCUCGGGAUAUCCGGAAAGCAAAGGAGGACGAAAUCGCGAUACGGGCCGCUUUGCUGGAACAGGAAAAUAUACGUCUGAGAGUUGAAGUUGCUUCGUUGAAGGAAGAAACUGCCAGACUUCGUUGUAUACUGUAUAAUGGUUAGGGAAAACCUGCAACACUUAUCUUUCAUGUUUCGAUUUCCUGUAAUUUAGAUAGUAUACCUGACCAAAAAUACCUCUAUAUAUUAAGAAGAUAAAACUAUUUUAUUUUGUAAAUACGUAUCUCAGGUUUGAAGUAAAAAAAAUAUAUAUAUACUAAACAUUCUCCUGGGGUACGGGAGGUUAAACUUAAAACAAUAGGCAAUUGUUAUAAUUAUUGAACACAAUGUAACCAAUAACUUUUUGUUAACUGUGAAGGCGGUUGAAUGUGUUUGAUCCCACAAUAUAGCGUAGCAAUACAUUUUUUUGGGUUGUUUAAUAUUGUCGUGUAACAGUUGAGCAUAGGUACGCAUGUUCUAGACGAUACACUACACAGCGUGUUCACGGAGUGCGCAUACACGCAACAUGAUGAUAUAUCACCGAGGAAUUGCGUUUCGUUAAUGCAAUGAGAUGUUCUAAAACUGUGCUUUGUAUGGGAAGCUUAAUGUUUGCGUGCAUAACGUAUGUCAACCUCCAUUCACCCACAUGGGAGAAAUGUUAUCGUCAUGUUAUCGUUAUAGAGCCUAAAUAUGGCUAAUAAAUAAAUAGUCAUAAUAUUCAGGGGAAAUUGUUUUCGUUACCACAGCAGGGUAAAAACUUCGAUGUUCAAUGUAUAUUUUGAGUUUGUUUUUUUUUUGGAUGGUGCCUUAUACUUACGCGUUGCCACCAUGUUGAGAGUAAAUAUAAAAUUCUAAAUCCCCCCCCUAAAUACCAUUUGUCUUCAUCCCUGUGGCUGAUGGUCGUGGAUGUUCUUAAAGCGGGUUUUAGUGGCCACAUUUCUGUGUGCACAACUCAGUGUAGAAUCUCUAAAUAUACACAUUUUCAAUGUUACGAUGGAAACCGAUUUUUUUCCAGAAUAAUUUAUGUGUACGUCGAAUC